CCGGUCCCCUGAAUUGCACUUGAAAUACAGGAGUGAAUUGAUGACGAGUUAGCUUUCUCCCAAGGGUCCUGGCAGUAUAUGUAUUUAACUAAGCCUAUAACAAUUGACCAAGUCAACCUACACAGCACCGAGAGUUCGUCAUGGCGCCUUUACAUAACCCGAUUCCGUUGCAGAUAAGGAUCAUGUUUCAUCAUCAUCAGCAAGUUGCAGUCAUCCAUUAUAUUAUGGACCUAGAGGGCGAGCGUUCCUGGGACGAAGUUGAUCGUUUAGGCUGAGGGGGAACAUUCAUCAGCGAGAAAUUCGGUGGAUAUGAGCACGUUCCAGCUGGGUAUCUGCCAGAACAAGGUGCAAGUGGAGGCUUGGCGGAAGAUCACGGAUGAGGGUUCACUCGAAAAGGGUCGUUUCAUAAAUUUACUGCCAGCUCUGGACCCUCUUGGAGGGUGGCUAGUCCUUAAAUCUCUUGCUAAAACUGGUACUCUAAAAGAGGGGAAGGAGGGCUCCAACCCCCGUCGUGAGCUAAGUAAAGGCUCGGGGAAGAUCGAGGGAGCUUAUCAGGCUUAUCUCUUUAAACCGCUAAAAUCAUCGUCAGGACAAAUAUACGGAGAAGGGUCCGAGAAUAGAACGCGUGUUAUCGUGAAGGGGUUUUUUGUCGAUGCUAUCUACUGUAUUAUAAUGCCAUCGGUGCAAGAGCGGAAACUGCUAUCAGGUUCAGUCCUUGGACAGAUCUCAAUGGUAUUGAGAUCGCAGAACCCCCUCCCUAUCUAUGCCCAUGCCCACGUUAUCUCGACCACCUACUCAAACACCCGCUCGCAUGCAUCAAAGGAUGGGCAAAGAGCGAGUUGUCAUCAUCGCGACGGGGGGGGGGACUCUCAAACGAUAACAGGAGGGGGAAUGGAGAUUGUCGAUGAAAUCGGCGGUCGCAUGCUUUUGGAAAAUGGCAUUCGUAGCGAAUCCCGAUCUCCCGCGAAACGUUUGAAAAGCGGGUAACGUAUCUCCCUUACAUACAUAACAAAUAUAACCGCAAGACAUUCUAUCUACCAGGAACCCGAUAAGAAGGGAAGGGGUCUAUUGAUUAGUACCCAUUUGCGGCGGACUGUACAGGUGAACUUGU